UCUUUUGAUGCAUAUGAGAAUAAAAUUGCACGCCCAAUUAGGCGGCAAAACACUAGAGAAGGAUAUGAUUAUAUACAAAAGUUUUUCAAAAAUGAUCAUGUUCAUUUUUGGCAAUUUAAUCGUAUGUAUCCUGAAAACACAAACAGAGUUGGAGAACUCACAACAUAUCUGUGGAAGAUGGUUGCUACUUUUUUUAUGACAGUUGGCCAAAAUUCAAGAUAUUGUCAUACGAUAGACACUUUUAAAAGAUCAAAAUUUACAGCAACCACGGAUUUUCAUAAGGUUUUUAAAGCUUUAAGCACGCUUGCGCCAAGUUUGAUGGCCAAGCCUGAUUAUUUAGUAUCUGCUAAAAUCAGUAAAAGCACAAGAUUUUAUCAUUACUUCAAGAUAAUCUAUUAUGAACCGCAAAAACCGAAA